AUGUCCACAUCACUGCCAGGAAAUCGGGAUUUGCCCGCGUCGCAGUAUGAUCUCUCGACAACAUUGUUUACAUCAAGCGCCGGACUGCAGAAUGCGAAAGACCUUCUCACGAAGUACAGAUCGGGGCAAAUCCAGAGCAUGAGCCCAGAAUUGUGGCAGGCUAAGAAGAUUGUCGAUUCAACCUUGCAUCCCGAUACAGGAGAGCCAGUGCUUCUACCAUUCCGCAUGUCGUGCUAUGUCUUCUCCAAUUUGAUUGUUACCGCGGGCAUGCUUAUCCCGGGAAUGAAGUGGAAAGGCACUUUGGCCUGGCAAAUUGCCAACCAAUCCUUGAAUGUGGCCAUCAACAGUGCGAACGCGAACAAAUCCACUCCUCUUUCCACAGCGGGAAUGAUCAAAUCGUAUCUCAUGGCGGUAUCUGCUUCUUGCUCGGUCGCGCUCGGGCUGAAUUCCAUUGUUCCAAGACUAAAGUCGGUUUCACCAAGUACGAAAGUGAUUCUAGGACGCCUCGUCCCUUUCGCAGCUGUUGCCAGUGCUGGUGCGCUCAACGUGUUUCUCAUGCGCGGCGAGGAAAUUAGACAAGGAAUCGAUGUUUACCCAUUCACAUCAGUGGCACGUGAAGAAGUAGACACUGGAGAGAAGGUCCCGGUGACAAGCUUGGGGAAGAGCCAGAAGGCUGCAACUAUCGCGGUGGGCGAGACAGCCAUUAGUCGCGUUGUCACUUCUACGCCGGUUAUGGUCAUCCCACCUCUCCUUCUUCUGCGCUUCCAGAAGACGGAGUUGCUGAAGAGGCGUCCAUACCUUGCGAUGCCUAUCAAUAUAGUUGAUAGAAACCACCAAAACGAAAAGAACAACCUCCCACAACAGCAGACAUUGUUCUACCCAUGUGUCUAUACCACGCAAUAUCCAAAAGAGGCCCCAAUAUCUGAAACUUUAAUCGAUGAGAAGUUAAAGAAUUUCGACGCAGAUUUCAUCAAACUGGGCGACGAGCUCCGCCAUGAAAGGAAGAUGAAGGUAGUAAAAUACUACACUCAACAUUCGAGUGAUGAUAAGAAGAGGUUGAAACUGUUGCUGCGUUUUGCAAUCGUCUCGAAGCUACGUAAAAUGCAGCGUUUGCCGAAGAGAGAAGCCGAUGCUGAAAGGCUGGCUAUGUUUCAAGACCCCAAUUUUGGCUCUCGUGUGGAUGCCUAA